UAACUGCCUUAACUGUCACCCACUGGUUCAGAAAACCACAUCUCACCGUCUUCCCAAGGCAAAGCAAAAGCUGUGGUGUUUGGCAAUGUGCGAGGGCGGGGGGUUGUCUUUAGCGUGUCAACACGUAGUCUAGAAACUUCCAGGACCUGAGUUUCUAUUUGUGGAGUAGGGGGGCAUAAUACCACCCUUUCCUGUUCCUUCUUCCUCACCUAAUUUGGCUCCCUGUUCUCCAUCUUGAUUUCUGUGCCGGCUAGCUAUUUAUUUAUCUUUGGAAGGAGCUUCCUCCUUUAGGAGUGGCCUUCCAGCUGCACUUGGCUGUUUUUUGUUUUGUUUAGCAACAUUGGAAUUUAUUAAGAGAUGUUUUUAACAUUGAUUUUUAAGUACAAGACAGAAAGGUUUUCAGGAAGAUAGAUAGAUACAUAGGAACAUGGAUGUAGGCUUCCCUACAAGAGUCUCCUGAUCUGAAUGCCUUGCUUCAUCUUGGUACCUUUGUUAUGUGUGGCUGGGCCUGGUGGUACUCGCCUGUGAUCCCGUCACUCAGGACAAUGAGACAGAGAGUUGUGAGUUCAAGGCAACCUGGGCUAUAUAGCAAGACUCGAAUCUCAAAAAUAAAUAAAUAUCCUGGCAUUGAAUAAAUGAUUACGAGAGGAAAGGAGGCCGCUGAGGUGGGGAUCUGAGAAGUGCUCGCACAUUACACGUGAAAACCUGGCUUUCAUCCUUGUUACCACCUAAACUGGACAUAGUGGUACAUACCUGAAUCUCAGCACUCAAGAGGUGAGGACAGAAGGAUCUGGAGCCCCAGGUCAUCCCCAGCUACAUAUCAAGUUCAAGAUUGAUUGCCCUGCAAGGCAGGAUGCAGAAACACAGGAGCAAGCUGGUGGAAAGAGACACCCUGGAAAGCGGCCAGCUUAAAUGAGGGCAAAAACAGUGGUAUUCCACACAGACACUGACCAGAAUGAAAAGCAGUGAUUCACAAAGCUGCAAUACACAGGCCUUGGGUUUCACUUUGAGAGCAAUUGCAGGAUUGGGGUCAGGAAGGGGUAAGGGUAGGGAGGCAUCAAGAUAAAAGGCAGCCAGGCUCCUUCUCCCUGGAGAUGUGUGGCCUGUCAACCUCAAUCCGUUCCCUUAAUCCUUUCCUGCCACCCCACCCCCACAACUCCUCAUGAUGACCGGUGUCCUGGGCCUUUAAGAGUUAGCGAGGCUGGACUGAGGAGAGCGCUCCCACCUCUCCCCACCCUGCUCCUUCUCCCUGGCUGUAACUCUGCCAGCUGCAGCAGUAAACUGCAGUCCUGGAAGACGGUGGAAGCAGUCAAGUGCAAAGGAGAAAAAGGAGCCAGGCUGAGUCUUCUCGGUGGAGAGCUUUGCAGAGCUCCGGAGGCGUCGCUCACAGACGGGAUUCCUAUCUUACCCACCACGGGGACUCUGGCACCAGCUGGUGGAGCAGUGGGUGAUGGCAUCUCAGAUUCAAGACCGACUGACCACUGAUCAGGACCUGCUGCUGAUGCAAGAAGGCACCAUGAUGCGCAAGGUGAGGACCAAAACCUGGAAGAAGCUAAGGUUCUUCAGACUUCAGAAUGACGGCAUGACAGUCUGGCAUGCACGGCAGGCCGACGGCAUAGCCAAGCCCACUUUUUCCAUCUCUGAUGUGGAGACAAUCCGGAAGGGCCAUGAUUCUGAGCUGCUGCGCUAUCUGGUAGAAGAGUUCCCCCUGGAGCAAGGCUUCACCAUUGUCUUCCACGGUCGCCGCCCUAACCUGGACCUAGUGGCCAACAGUGUUGAAGAGGCCCAGAUGUGGAUGCGAGGGCUCCAGCUGUUGGUGGAUCUUGUGGCCAGCAUGAACUACCAGGAGCAACUGGACCAAUGGGUGAGGGAAUGGUUCCAACGAGGAGACAGAAACCAGGACGGCAGGAUGAGUUUCCAAGAAGCGCGACGGCUGCUGCUUCUGAUGAAUGUGGAAAUGGAUCAAGAAUAUGCCCUCAGUCUCUUUCAGGAAGCAGAUGUGUCCCAUUCUGAUACUCUGGAAGGAGAAGAAUUUGUCCAGUUCUAUAAGGCACUGAUUAAGCGUACUGAGGUUGAGGAACUAUUCGAGCACUUUUCGUCAGAUGGACAGAAGCUGACCCUGCUAGAGUUUGUGGAUUUCCUUAGAGAGGAACAGAAAGAAAAAGACCACGCCCCCGACCUUGCUCUGGAAUUCAUUGACCGCUAUGAGCCUUCAGAGAGUGGCAGAUUGCUGCAUGUGCUGAGCAAGGAUGGCUUCCUCAGCUACCUCUGCUCGAAGGAUGGAAACAUCUUCAACCAAAACUGCCUCCCUGUCUACCAGGAUAUGACUCAGCCUCUGAAUCAUUACUACAUCAACUCCUCUCAUAACACUUACCUGCUGAGGGACCAGCUCUGCGGCCAGAGCAGCGUGGAGGGAUACAUACGGGCCUUGAAGCGGGGGUGCCGCUGUGUGGAGGUGGAUGUAUGGGAUGGACCUGGCGGGGAGCCCAUUGUUUACCACGGACAUACCCUGACCUCCCGUAUCCUGUUCAAGGAUGUCGUGGCGACACUAGCACAAUACGCCUUCCAGUCAACAGACUACCCACUCAUCUUGUCUCUGGAGAAUCACUGUACCUGGGAGCAGCAGCGGACCAUGGCACAACACCUGACUGAGAUCUUGGGAGAGCAGCUGCUGAGCACCACCAUAGACGGACUGCUGAUGGAUACGCUGCCCUCGCCAGAGCAGCUUCGAGGGAAGAUCUUGGUGAAAGGAAGGAAGUUAAGAACAAUUGAGGAGGUCGAGGUUGAGGAAGAAGAGGAAGAACUAGACAAAGAUGACAGGUCAGAGCUGGAUCCAGACCCCUACCCUGUGUUGGACACUGAGGUUCAGCCCGAGUCCCAGGAGCUGGCCUCUGGAAACAAGGACAGUAAGGUUUUGACGUGUCCGAUGGCUUGUCUGCUUAUCUGUGGUCACAUUUUGGUCCAUGCUCCUAGUUCCAUUCCUGUGUCCUUUUUCUUGUCCAACCAGGACUGCACGACCAUCUUAUGCCCAGACCUGUCUGCCCUGGUUGUCUACUUGAGGGCUGUCCCUUUCUGCAGCUUCACUCAUUCCAAAGAAAAUUACCACAUCUGCGACAUUUCAUCCUUCUCUGAGACCAAGGCCAAGAGCCUUAUCAAGGAGGCAGGUCAGGAGGGAAGAGGGCUGGGUAGCUUCAGGCCUGGCAGGCAGGCAGGCAACGAGUUUGUACAGCACAAUGCCAGGCAGUUAUGCCGUGUGUACCCCAGUCGUCUGAGGACAGACUCAUCCAACUUCCACCCCCAGGAACUCUGGAAUGCAGGCUGCCAGAUGGUGGCGAUGAAUAUGCAGACUGCAGGGAGUGCCAUGGACAUCUGUGAUGGGUUCUUCCGCCAGAAUGGUGGCUCUGGCUAUGUGCUGAAGCCAGAAUUCCUGUGUGACAUCCAGAGUACCUUCAAUCCUGAGAAGCCCAUCAGUCCUUAUAAGGCCAAGACCCUCUUAGUCCAGGUGAUCAGUGGUCAACGGCUCCCCAAAGUGGACGACACCAAAGAGAGGUCCGUUGUGGACCCACUGGUGAAAGUGGAGCUCUUUGGUGUUCCUGAAGACACCAGGCAGCAAGAGACCGACUAUGUGGACAACAAUGGUAUUAAUCCCUACUGGGGGCAGACAUUCUGUUUCCGGGUCCGGGUGCCUGAACUUGCUAUACUGCGUUUUGUGGUAAAGGAUUAUAACUGGAAAUCCCGGAAUAGCUUUAUUGGUCAAUACACCCUGCCCUGGACCUGCGUGAAACAAGGUUACCGACACAUAUCCUUGCUCUCCAGAGAUGGUACUAGCCUCCACCCAGCUUCCAUCUUUGUGUAUAUCUGCAUGCGGGAAGACUUGGAGAUGGAUGAAUCCUGAGAAACACAGGAAGGGACUCGAAGCAGAGAAAUCUACAGAAGCAUUAUCCCCUCCAACCUACAAGUCCCUCAAAAUCCAGAGCCAACGAAAGGAUCAAUCAAGGAUCAAGGCUCCCAGGCAAAGGUUGGGGAAGGAUGCCUGACCCCAGAACUACAACUGUCUAAGAGAACAAUGAACAGCCCUGAGUCCCCACUGGACUGCUGCUCCUUAGCUGGUCUAAAUAGAGCUUCUCUGUCCAA